UAGAUGUGCAUCGUCUCUUGCAAUAUAAGCCGGAAUGUUAUUUGCGGCGGGAAAAGUUUGAAGUGUGGUUUUGUGCAAGUUUACCAACAGGAACUCAAAAUAUGAUGUUCUCUUUAAGCGGAAGAUGGGCCUUUUUGACUUGUCUCCUCGCUGCACUGAUUGGAUUAAACGCUCAAUAUCCUGAUGAAGAUGUUAGAGUUCCAUGCGCAAACUUUCGCAUAGGAGACGACGAUCUACAAGCUUACGACUUUAUAAGACAAUAUCAACUCGACCUGCCAAAACUGCAACAUGCCGGAAUCAGCAGAAUUAGAGGCUCUAGCAAAUUACAAGUCGCAUAUCGAUUAGAGCGAAAUGCCGAUCUAACCAUACCCACUAGGAGAAUUUUUCCUUUCGGUUUACCCGAACAAUUUUCAUUUAUAACAACGUUCCGAACACGCAGGCCGCCGAAAACAGCGUGGAAUUUGGUUCGCGUUACCGAUCUAGAAUUGAAGCCACAAUUUUUGAUUUCGCUAAACCCACCGCAACACGCCGUGGAGUUUUCCGUUAUGAGCGUCGAAGGAAAAACAGAAACCGUAAAAUUUAACAACGUGCAGGUGUUCGAUAGAAACUGGCACAAAAUGCAUUUCGGAGUUUCCCGCGAAAGGGUGUCUUUGUACGUCGAUUGUCGGGAAAUUCGCCAAAGCCCUCUGCUUCCCCGAAUUGGUAUCGACAUAAACGGAAACAUAUCGAUAUCGAAAUACGACAAUUCGUUCGAAACCGUGCCGAUGGAUCUGCAGUGGAUGCUGAUGAGCUGCGAUCCAACGAAACCUGAAAGGGAAAAUUGUGCCGAAUUGCCAGACAUAGGUGUUGCGCCAACCGAGCCCCAUACUUGCCCCACGGUAUGUCCAAGAGGUCCACCUGGAUAUAAUGGUACCGACGGGUUGCCAGGCGAUAGGGGCCCGCCAGGACCAUCGGGUCCGAUCGGUUUGCCAGGACCUCGUGGAGAAAGGGGAGAAUUUGGAGCCCCAGGUUACCCAGGUACUCCAGGUUUACAAGGAAUACCGGGCAUUAAAGGAAUCCAGGGUAGUCCGGGACACGACGGCAAUCCAGGUCGGAGCGGAUCCCCUGGUUCCAAAGGAGAAAAGGGUGACCUUGGACCGCCUGGGCCCAAAGGCGAUCGUGGGUUAGAUGGAUUUCCAGGCAUUGAAGGGCCCCAAGGACUACCUGGGCCUCCAGGAUCGGUUUUGGGAUUAAACGGAACGUACAGAAUUGAAAACUCUCCGGGACCCAUAGGUCCACCAGGACCUCCGGGGCCACCUGGAGAGGGGUAUCUAGGACCACGCGGGCCACCGGGUUUACCAGGACAAGACGGGAGGGAUGGUUUGCCGGGCCCACCAGGUCCAAGAGGGGAUAUGGGACCACCGGGCGAACCUGGGCCUGGGUCCUAUUCUGGACGUCCAUUCGCGAUAAACGGCGUUGGUGCAAAAGGGGAACCCGGGAUCAAAGGGGAUCGGGGUGAGCAAGGCGAAAAAGGAGAACCAGGUGCGCGAGGCGUUGCGGGAAUUCCGGGCCUGGACGGCGCGCCCGGACCUGCCGGAAAAGAAGGCCAUUGGGGUUUGCCCGGUUCAAAGGGAGAACCGGGAGUUUCAGGACAGCCAGGACCAGCAGGAUCGCAAGGUUCACCCGGACUUCCCGGAGUUCCGGGUCUAAAAGGAGAACCAGGCCUGCCUGGAAACGCAGUCGAUGCUGAAAGGGGUAUUCCAGGAUCUCAGGGUGAGCGAGGCUAUCCGGGACCGGCGGGAGAAAAGGGAGAACGCGGUUUUCCAGGCUUGCCCGGGCCGCCGGGGCUAACAGGACCUCAAGGACCUCAGGGUCCCGAGGGAAUCAGAGGUCCAUCGGGCGAACAAGGGCAACCGGGAGAAAAAGGGGAACGCGGUCCUACAGGUUUGGAAGGACCCGCGGGUCCGCCGGGAAGAGACGGUUAUCCAGGACGGGCCGGUAAAACCGGACCGAAAGGGGAACGAGGAGAGCCGGGAGAGCAGGGAUUAAUAGGACCGAGAGGAUACCCUGGCCCGGCAGGUAACAACGGACUUCCCGGACCCUCCGGAAUACCGGGUGUACCCGGAUCGGACGGAAAACCCGGAGCGCCAGGUCAACCCGGGCCACCUGGAGCUCCAGGUGAAGUCAGCAGCGUGUCUCACCUAGUCGAAGGAUACGGGAGGGCAGUUUACGGACCUCGGGGACUACCGGGACCACCGGGAAUUCCCGGAGAAAGAGGAGGGACGGGAGAUAGGGGUCCCGAAGGACCAAGCGGACCUCCAGGUGUACCGGGAAAAGAAGGAACGCCGGGAUUUCCAGGGACGCCGGGUCCGCGGGGACACCCAGGUCUUCCUGGAAUAGAAGGCCCUCCGGGACGAAGUUAUUCGGAAGAGGAGAUAAAAGAUAUCUGCGCAGCUGUAUUAAAAGAUCAACUAUCGCAGCUGGCAAGCACUUUAGUGGGCCCACCAGGUCCACCCGGAUAUUCCAAACCUGGUAAACCGGGUCCGCCAGGAGUUCCAGGACCACCAGGUAGAGGAUUGAUUUUUUUUCACGCAACGCUGAACCUUUUGCCAUAAUUUAAAAAAAUUCUACAAUGUAGGAAAUCCGGGACGCCGGGAUUGCCCGGGGACAGGGGUUUCAUGGGCUUGCCCGGAAUCGCAGGGCCUCCGGGAUCCAUAGGAAUGCCUGGAGACAGAGGCGAGAAAGGAGAUAGGGGUCAGGAAGGGACCGGCAUAGAGGGACCUCCUGGACCACGAGGUCUUCAGGGUCCUCCGGGAAUUCCCGGAGAAGGGAUACCAGGCCCAUCAGGCGAAAGGGGUGAACCAGGACAUCCAGGAAACCCGGGAACACGCGGAUUGCCAGGUUCACAGGGUCCACCAGGUUACUGCGAAUUUUGCAACAAUCAAGGCCAAAAUUACCAACAAAUUUACGCUGCUUAUAUGAAUGCUCAGAGACAAGGCAACAACAAAGGGCCAUAAAUACUUUCCUAAUACGUGUAAAUUAUUAACAAUCUUAAUGAUAAUACAUAUUUUA